AUUUUUUUCAUUGUUUCGCACAGCGAGAUUCAACAUUUGCUUCCUCGCGGUUUAAAACAAAAAGUCUCGUAUUUAUGUUGUCUGGAUAUUUUCGUGGGAUUAAAAAUAACAGUUUAAUAUUCGCUUUAAAUGCGGGCAGUGUGGGACACUUCGUAGACAAAGCAUUUGGGUUGUGGAGCUCCAUUCAGGCUGUACUGUGCCAAAGAGAGCAUUUUGUAACAGAACUUCAUUCAGGCAGUGGGUUUGAGGACACUACGGAUCUAAUAGGGGCAAUUUUGAUUUACUUGGCUUCUUAAAAAAAGAGCUUUUGUUUGGGUUACCAUAAAUAAUAAUUUCAGUUGUUUGCAAUUGUUAUUGUUUGAGCAUUUUUAAACAAAAAAAACCCAACUUGCUAUAGGAGGAAUAUGUCAUUUUGCUUAUUCUGUCUCCAGGCAUUUUAGCACCAAACUCUCACCCACCUGCACCCUUCCUAACACCACCUGUCUAUAAUUUACCCAGAGUAAUAAAUGGAUGGGUUAUGUAGGGACAUUGACUUUGACAGGUCAAGCACUCGUCACAGGAGAAUUCUUGGAACAUAGGAUCGACAAAACAAUUGCAGCACACAAGGAGGGUUUUAAGCCCAUUGUGUCAGUGCUGUUGCUCCCUGCAAAAGCCACUUGGACAGUCACACUCCUGGCCUGCAGUUUUAUUUUUGCUUCCCAAAAACCUCUUGCUGCCACCAGCCUCCUGUGCUGUUGAGACAAAUAAUAAUGGGAGUGUGUUAAUGGAUGAUGUGAGGUUGCGGUGGUUAAGUAAUCUUUGUUCAGUGGUAGCAUUCUCAUCUGUCGACCACAAAGACUGACACUCGGGUGUUACACUGAGGGAGUGCUGCACUGUUGGGGAUACUGUCUCUUGUAUGUUAACCCAAGGCCCUGCCUUCCCUCGACCUCAAAGACCCAGUGACACUAUUCAAAGUGAAGUCAAGCUGGCUCAGCAAAUAACUGUCUCUCAAACUGUGUCAUAGAUUAUCUGGCCAUUUAUUUCAUUUUUGUUUGUGGGAGCUUGCUGAGCACAAUUUGCCUGCUCAGUUUGAGUGCAGUGCAGCAGUGACUUUCCAAAUAACGCUUCCUUACCUUGGUCUCCUGAAGCUCUGCAAGGUAGCGAUGUAGUUCUGAACCGAAAUAACUGCAGAUGUUGUAAAUCAGGAACAAAAACAAAGUUGCUUGAAACACUCAGCAGGUCUGGCAGCAUCUGUGAAGGAGAAAACAGAGUUAACGUUUUGGGUUUGGUGACCCUCAGAACAGUUCUUUUCCAGCAGUGAUUCAAGUCUGUCUUUGGAGUCUUUGCAAUGCAUUUGUGACACUAAUCUCUGUUUAUUGUAGGACAAAUAAGCCACAUGUUGGAGAGAAAUGUUAAAUAUUUCUCUGAACAACUGUAAAUUAAUUCAGCAGCAAACAGAAUGGCUCCAACUGUGAAAUAUGUUCACUUGCCACAGUUUGAAUGACCACCAACCCAGAAUUCACAAAGUAAUGUAUGCAAAAUCUUUAACCUUGCCUCCUGUGACGGGAGAAUUAUGGUUGAUGUGUAAUAAUUGUCUACAUAUCCUUCCGCAAAAAAAGCUUCAAACUUGUGUAAUACUCUUCCUCUGGACAGGAAACUACAUUCUACUGACAGCAAUCUUUUCACUCACGCAGGGACCCAAAUGGAAAUAUGCCAAAGUGCAGAGAUAUUUGUUGAGUUGUUUGGACUAGGCACACGUUGCAUUCUUUGUCGCUGUAGUCCCUUGAUACAAAUACAUUAUUCCUAUUUGAGAGGAUGUUCAAACAGAUUUCUUCUUCAAGAUUGGACAAGGAACUGGCAGAUUGAAAUAUAACUUGCGAAAAUGUGAAGUUUUCUAAUUCGUCAAUCAGAAUAAAAAGGAGCAAGUUGAUGAUGAGAGAUUGAAGACCUCUGAGUUUCAGAGGGACCUGGAUAUCCUAGUGCACGAAUCUCAACAAAAUAGGAAUGAAAGAUAUCAACUGGGUGUUUGCCGGAAGUGACAGUGCAUUUCACAACGUGUUCCAUCCUGAAGAAACGCCUAAAGAUUAGAAAAAUUUAAAACUAGACAAUCAGGACUUCUCAAAGGAGGGAAAUAACUUGACACAGGCCAAACUGUUGCUGGAAACCUAGAAAUCUCUUUAAAGAGGAGAGACUGCGGCCAUUGUGAAAAUGGAGACUGUUUCCCAAGAUUCCCAAAUGGAAUGCCAAAUUUGUUUUAAUUACUACAGCCCACAGCGCCGCCCUAAGCAACUGGACUGCAAACACACUUGCUGCUCUGUCUGCCUUCAGCAGAUGAGGAGCAGUCAGAAGGAGCUGAUGUGUCCCUGGUGUCGCAGUGUCACCAAGCUGCCCCCCAGUCUGUCUGUGUCCCAGCUGCCUGAUGACCCAGAAAUCAUCACCAUCAUCAGCAUCCCGCACACUUCAGAGCGGACCCCGGUGUUUAUCAGGCUCCCGACCAGUGGCUGCUACAUGGUCCCUCUGACUGUCACAAAGGAGAAUGCCCUUUUGCCAGGAGAAGGCAGCUGUCGACUGUUGCCGGGGAAUCAGCGGAAGACUGUAACUGCCGUGCUCGUCCCUGGGGAUCAGCAACAGCAGCAGCAACAGAUGUCCCGACAGCACCAGAUGCCACACGGACCCAGGGAAGAUGAGGAAGAGGACGAAGGCCAGGAUGGUGUGAAAACGUCCACUUGCUCGGGUGUUUGCACUGUGCUCCUUGUGGCGUGUGUCCUCCUUUUCCUACUUGGCAUUGUCCUGCAUAACAUGUCGUGCAUUUCAAAGCGAUUCACUGCCAUCUCCUGUGGCUGAAACCUCCCGUCGAGCAGUGAAAGGCUUCACUAUUUACCCACGUGCAGGACACUGACCAAUGGCUGAACUGAAGAAUGCGCAGCGUUUAGUCUCUUAAAAAAAAUCAUUGCCUACAGACCGAUUCCGAGAAAGUUGAAUAAAAGCAUAAAGCCGCAAGAAUGAAUCAUUUGGGAAGUGAUUUGCACCUAAGGUGUAAUCAGAUCUUUCAGCCGCCAAGUGUACUUUGUUGUGGAUUUUCAUAGGGUUUUGCCUCUGAAGUUAGAAAGUGCACAAUUAAUAGAAAGUAAUUUGAUGUAUUUCUAAACCGCUAUUAACUGUAGCCUUCCUUUUAAGGGGAAAUGCAAUAAAGUAAUCACAGUGUAUCGUGAAUCCAUCUGCUGUUGACUUUGGCAUAGACAUCAGUUUAUGCAGCAAAACCUGGACUAUCCUGUCAAAACUUGGACUUUAAAUACAUUGAGUUGUAGCAAUCUCUUGCAGAGGUAAAGCUCACGUUUUGUCACCAGCAUCUGGGAUUGGAUUUAACACAAAUGCAAUCAACUGAAAACACAGUCAUUUUAUUUGAAUAAAUUAGUCAUUACUUUUCAUUUUCAAAUUUGUAAACAGAUUGUUGGAAUUGAGCUUAAUCUAGUUUAUAAUUUUUCUUUAGAUUUGUACAUACACGUUGUAACUUUUUUUUAAGUCUUGUACUAAUCACCGUGAUACAUAAUCAUAAGGAAUUACACGAAUUUAGACAAUUUUGGCCAGUUCUUUGAGAGAGUUUGCGAUAUUUUUAGAUGUCUGUAAUGGUAGAUUGGGUUGUGAUUAUCCUUUUUAGCUAGUACAAAGCAGAACCCUAAUGAUGAAUUAUUUUAGUUCAUAAUUGAGUGUAUGAUUGUUCACCUAUUUAGAAGAUAUAUUUGUUAUGACCAAUUGGACAUCAUUUUAAAUAGAGAUGAAUUUCAAAUUGUGAAUUAACAUAGAAGCAAAGUCGAAUAUUUUAAUCGAUCGAACAUACUACGUGUCGAAAGCUGAUUGAGGUUUUAUAUAUCUGGGGCUUUCAAGCUGUUUAGGGUUUUUGUAUGAAUCAGUCAGACUUAUUAAAAUUACUUGUCUCUGAAUGCAUAACAUUCUAAAUUAAGGAAAAAAAGCAUUAAUUAUUUGUCUUUAAAGAUGUACUUUAGUGCCCAGUGGUUCAGUGCUAGCUGUUGGAAAGGACUGAAUAGUGUUGAAAGUGAUUGCAGAUGGUGACAAGGAAUAUCACAAAAACAAACGUUUGGUGAUGCUGUUAAUAUAGAAAGAGAAGGAUGAUCCCUUAUGACUUGAGAUGACACAACAGGAAAAUGAAAUGAGAUAUUAUGGAUGGAGCUGGGUCGCAAUAUUAAGGAUGUCCUGUCAUGCUCUUUUCAGAUUGUGGUUACAGUGUGUUUGUGCACUCUGUUUUAAUUUAGAUUUUGCCAUUUUUCUAGACGAGAAGUUAACCUUCUUAUUAAUCCAAAAUGUUAUGGUUCUCUUCUUACAGUUUUGUAAAUAGAAAUUUGGGACAGGUUUGUGGUGUAAAAUACAGAAGUUUCCCUCAUAUUUAUUUUACCAGUUGGAACUAUUGAACUAUUGUUCAUUUAAUAUUUUCCUUGUUACUUUAGUGCACAGUCUUAAUACCCUACUGGGUAACUAUACAUCGGGAUUUAAUUAGGUCUGUGCUAGUUCAGUGGAUGGAAUGGUAGCAAAUCUGCUUUCUUACAAGUUCUAAACAGAAGUGGUUGAUAGACCUGUAUUAUGCCUCAACUAAUAUUCCACAAUCACUGCCUGCACAUGUUAUGAAAUGGUUUUAGCCUUUUUUUACAGGGUUAUUUGUUUUGCAAAUAUUUCAUUGUGAUUAAGCAUACUGAGGUGUAUGAACUGCCAAUGUGUGCACAUACCUGUGGUAACCUGCCAAAAGUUGAGUUUUCUUGUUAUAAGAGGUGAAGCUUGUUGCUGACUGCUGUGUUGUCUUUGUGCUCUUGUAUAAGAACAGACAUGCAUGGAGUUGCAAUAGGGCAUUUAUUUUCCCCUUGCUGACCCAUUUUUUGUGAAGCGGUGUUCCAAACUUGCCUCUUAUUUGUAAAAUGUUCAUUUUUGUUUAAUAAUGAUUGUAAGGAGUGCAUUGAUCAUUAAUAGACCACUGUACUGUGACUCUGUUGUCUUAACAACAUUACUCGAGAGUUUAUAAUAAACUUCAA